AAGCUAAAGCUAGGAAGAGUUGAACACGAAGCUAGAUUCACUAGUGCGAGCUUGCAGAGCAAAUUGAGACAUGGCGCUGAGCGGCACUGGUCAAUCUGGACACCUACCUCCAGCAUCCCUCGCGCACGCGCCCACCGGAGGCGGAGAGCAACCACCAUCAUCCACCGUGCCGGCCAGGCAGCAGCUUCCAGCUGCGUCCGCGGCACCGACGGAACAGAAGCCUCCUGCAUCCGCCCUUUCCGGGCCGGGUACCCUUGGAGGAACGGUGAGCUCGUGCUUGGCUGACAAAUUGACUAUGGAGCAGGAAGGCAUCGGUGGCGAGGAUGCAACACUGUCGCCCGUGUCGCUUCUCGACCAGGACCCCUUCGAGGGCAGUUCCUCCUCUUUCGAGUGCGCCAAGAUCCAGCACCUCGUGCAGGAGGUGGGGACUACGGCAGAGCCCGAGCAAGCGGCUGAUGCGGCGGCAAAGGCCAAUCAAAAGCCAGAGAGAGAGACGGCGGGGGAGGCAGAACCCGUGCCCCAGCAAGAUCAAGAACCAGCGCCGGACAAUGCUAUGAUCAGGGUGCAUAGCAUUGCCCGUCAGCUCAAGGGCAAUGCUAUGCACCCUGAGAUGCUGAAGCCCGUCACCUGCGGGCACUGCGGGCAGCUGGAAGAUCUUAGCCGGCCUCCGACGCCUGUUGAAGAUGCUACUGACGAAAGUCCGCCGCCGGAUCACCUGGUGACCGUGUCGGAUGCAGUGCCUGUCGACCAGAUCGUCUUCAAGGGGAACUCCUGUCUCACCUGCGCCAAGAUGAUCUACGAGAAGACCCAGGCAUCUUUCGAGCAAGCGGGCAGCGACACACCGCUGCACUAUGCUGCCAGGUCCAGAAAUUUCAAAAUGCUUUUCCAUUUCAUUUGUCUGAUCGGCAAUGAGUACGGCCUUGGAAGAGUGGCACAGGUGCUUAGGAGGCUCAACGGUCGUAGCGAGACGGCCUUGCACGGGGCGAUAUGGCAGGGAGACCCGUACAUGGCUGAGUUCCUGAUGCUGGUGGAUCCUGAGCUGGCCCAGUAUCCUCCACCUGGUCAGGGCACCUCACCGCUAUACCUAGCUGUCUCCUUGGGAUUCACAGACAUCGCACGGAUGUUGCACAGCAGAAGUGGCGGCAAGCUGUCCUACUCCGGUCCAGAUGGACAGAACGCACUGCAUGCUGCGGCUCUCCAUGCCUACGAUAUGAUACAAACGCUGCUGAAUUGGGAUGAGGAUCUUAGCAAAGGGAAUGACGGAAACGACAGCACCCCUCUUCACUAUGUGGUUUUGGCGCAGCGUGACCCAUUACUAUUUCGUAUAUAUGGCUUUUGUUUCCCCAACUUCUGGUUUCCGUGGGAAAAACAUGCAACAGGGCAAGUACUUCGGGCUAACACAUCUGCAGCGUGCCAGCCGGAUAAAAAUGGUUUGUUUCCUGUACACAUCGCUGCCUUGAUGAACAGGAAGACCGCCAUCCGUAUUCUGCUCAAAGAAUGCCCUCGUUGCAUCGGAUCUCGUGAUAACCAGGGAAGAUCCUUCCUUCAUACUGCUAUCCAGAACAAGAGUUCCCUUGUAGUGGGAUAUGCUAGCGGAGAAUCAAGUGUUGCAUCCAUAAUGAACGCUCAGGACAACGAUGGCAACACCGCGCUACACCUAGCUGUCGAUGUUGGGGAUCUAUCCGGCUUUUUUACUCUGCUGAGGAACCCAAAAGUAUUAUUAGAUAUCAGAAAUAACAAGGAUCAAACUCCUCUGGAUCUAGCAUGGAGUAAGAGGAACCGAACAGUUUUUUCGUACGGACGGAAUCCGGAUCGAGUGAUUUACUGGACCCUCCGACGUGCCGGUGCUAGUCAUGCUAGCUCUUGGAAAGAUCGUCUUCAAGAACUUUGCAAUUCCGCGCCAAUGGAAAGUCAAGAGGACAAAGAGAUAAAGGAGGAAAAAGAGAAAGAAGAGUCAGCUAACAUGACAGAUUCGACUCGGACAUUGGGCAUUGGCUCGGUACUCAUAGCUUCAGUGACAUUCACUGCAACUUUCACCGUACCUGCAGGAAUCAAAGCCAGUGACCAUACCACCAAUGGCACGCCAGGAAUUCUUGGUACGUGGUAUUUCAAUGCGUUCAUGAUGGCCAAUACGCUGGCUUUCAUCUGCUCAUCCAUAGCGACUGUUGGCCUCAUGUUCGCCGGCAUGCCCCUGGUCAAAUUACCAAUCCGCCGCAGGCACUUUCUGAUAUCGGUCUUCUUCGCCUCGACUUCACUCACUUGUUUGAAUGUUGCCUUUGCACUAGGAGUAUAUAUGGUGCUGGCUCCAGUUGGUCUUAAGACUGCAAUUGCCAUAUGUGUCAUCACCCCACUUGUGCUGCUCUACAGGAAUGCAGAUAAUGUUCAUAAAAUGGUUAUUACUUCAUGGCUGAUAUAUGUCAGACGGGGGUUUAUCUUUGCAUGUUGUUCAUUAUACGCACUAGUUAUCAACGGAUAAUAAUGGAGCGUUGGCAUUUCGUAGCCACCUUCGCUUGGGCAGCGCAUAAGCAAACAUCAUCAACACCGUUUCAAAAACAUCAGUCAGAUCUCCAGGGUGGUUUAGUUAAUGACUACGUAGGUAAUUCAAUUAAAGAGCUAUGUAGAUGUUCCUGCUUAGACACUUUUGUUUCUGAAAAAAAUAAGAAAUUUGGCUACAUCUUGGGUCCAAUGUAAUCAGUAAUAAUUGUCGUGUGCCUUUGGUUGACCUCAUUGACACUUUUUAUUAUGCAAUGAACGGUUGCAAAUAUGUUUGCUUAUAUAGAGUGUUUGUUAUCCUCUUGUUGGGUUUAAUCAGACGGUGUUCAUUAGAAAUUAUUUCAAUUUUGCGACUCCAUUCUACGGCCGCACAUACCACUCCAAUCGACGGCGUCGAAUGGUAAAAUGAUAAAUUUAGGUUUAUCACAUAACGAGCCUGUGUGGUUCAGUUUUCAACGGGUUUGUUCUUUUUCAUUUCUUUAAAAAUACUUAAAUUAUUGUCGCGUUACAAAAAAUAUACAUUUAUUGAAAACAAAUUACCUUAAAAAGUUCAUAU